AAAGAGGAGGGGGGCAGGGGCGGGCUGACGUCGUCGGUCAUGUGAUAGCGGCCGCUGGUGUUCUUCGAGGCGGCCGCGUCGUUGCGCUUUCGAAGCUCGGAGCUGCGCGCACCCUGCUCGUCUCUGCCCGACGCCAUCGUCCUGUCAUGGCGGCUCGGAGUGGCCGGGGGCUGCUGCUGCUAACGGCGGUCUUGCUGGGAUUGUUGCAAUCAUUUUCAACAUUUGAAGUUAAAGAAGAUGACAACGUCUGCAUAUUAGCCAAUUUCUCUGUAGAAUUCACAGUGGAAUAUGAGGCAAAAAGUCACAAAGAGAAUAAAAGCUUUGAACUUCCACACAAUGCUACAGUACUGAAUAUUAGCAGCUGUGGUAAAAAAGAGAAAAGCACACCAGUUCUUGCAGUUGGAUUUGGCAAAGGACAUUCAUUAAUCUUGGACUUUGAAAAGGGUGAAAGUUCCUACAGUGUCAAAAACCUGACAUUCAAAUACAAUGUGUCUGAUACUUCCAUUUUCCCCAAUUCAACUGAAAAAGGAAUAAAAGAAGCAACUUCAGAAACCGAUAUGCAUGCAUCCUUGAAUACUACAUAUACAUGUAUACACAACCACAGGAUAACGAUGGCAAACGUGACCGUUCUUUUCAGUCAUGUCACACUCGAAGCGUACCUUGCAAGUAACAACUUCAGUCAUAAUCACACUGUCUGUAAGGAAGAUCUGAAGCCCACCACUGCUGCCCCUACAACUAAUGUACCUACAACUACUAGUCAAGCACCACCCACACCCUCUAAAAAUCCAGACGUGGGACACUACAACUUGACUGGUCAUAAUGGUACCUGUUUGCUUGCUUUGAUGGCCCUGCAACUGAAUGUUACUUACAAAGCAAAUAAUAAGACUAAAUUGGAUGUGUUGAAUUUUCCAUCAAAUACUACUUAUUCCGGGACCUGUAACAAUGUCUCAGUUACUCUGAACAUGUCUCUUGACAGCGCCUGGCUUGUUUUCCAUUUUGUGCAGAAUACAAGUAUUGACAAGUACUUUCUGCAAGGCGUCGGUAUAAACAUUGAUCUUCCUUCUGAAUCUUUAGAACCGAAGUACAGUGUAAUGAACAACAGCCUGAGUGAACUAAAAGCUACUGUUGGAAAAUCUUACAAGUGUUUUUCGGAGGAGCAUAUCUGGGUUUCAGAAAGAGCUUCUGUUAAUUUAUUCAAUGUUCAACUUCAAGCUUUCAAGUUUGAAGGAAACAGCUUUGGAGCAGUGGAAGAAUGUCAGCUGGAUGAAAACAAUAUGUUGAUCCCCAUCAUAGUUGGUGCAGCCCUUGCUGGACUUGUCCUCAUAGUAUUGAUUGCAUAUUUAAUUGGCAGAAAACGUAGCCAUGCUGGCUAUCAAACAAUUUAAUGAUUUGCACUUAAUUAAACCAGUGUGGAAGAAGAGCAGUUGCAAGAAGCAGAAACACGUCAUCCCCCCCUCCCCCUCAACAAACAGAUUGAGAUGAGGGAGCCCAGUCUCUUCCUUGCCAACUGCUUCUUGCAGUUACUGCUUUACUAAAUGUGAAAUCCAUCUUGUGGCAUUUAACUAUGCACAAAGGAUAACUUCUAUAAUUCUGUUUAAUUUUGCUAAUGGGUUAAAUAUUUACCCACCUAGAAACAGGCUGAAGUUUAAGAAUGCUCUUCUGAAUUGGCAUGGUUUUUAAUGUCAGCUACUUAAAUGGGUGUGAGGUAGUUAAGUCACAUUCGUUCACUUAAAUUCAGAUUAAUUAUAUCUAACAAAGGGAAACUUCCACUUCCUGGUACUACCAUCCUGUGCUGAAUUUAGUUGCUGCACUUAUGCAGUUAAAUGUAAUGACUGACCAAUCAAAUUUAAAAUUAUUCCCACUUUGUCUCUACUAGGUAUAUAUCAUUAAUAAGCUUUAAAUGCUAGGCCUGGUAUAGGCAGGGUGUGAAGAUAAAUUGGCCAACUUCAAGAUAUUUUGAUCUGUCAGCUUGAUAGGAGCUGGCCCUUUUUUACAUAAAAUGGGUGUUACUUUAUUUUUUUGUAAGUGAAUUUCAGUCUCUUCUGUUGAAAGUUCAAAGAUCCUCCUCCUGCACAUGUGUACAAUAGACUUUCAAUCUGCUAAUUCUUGCUUUGACUUUGGCUGGGAUUGUACACUACAAGGAUCAGUUAUGGAUGCAUUGCCUGUAACAAUGCUAAUAAAGACUUUUCUGUA